GUUCUGCCAUGUAUCCCAGAACUUAAAGUAGAAUAAUUUUUAAAAAAAGUACUAUCAGCCUUGCCCUGCCAAGUCUCCAUUCUCUAUUUAAGUGUACAUGAGAAGCACUGCUUUCAGCUAAGCCACUUCCUUUUUCUCAAACUCUCUGAAUGUUCCUUUGGAGUUUCAAACCAUCCUUCCAGCCACCAUUCUUUAUUCCUAAGGGUUGACUUUGUCAUGCUCUCCACUCUGUUUUUUGGGAAGGGUAUUAACCAGCCUGCUGUUCAAGUUACUCAGCCCUAGGAGGAUCUUUUUACAGCUGAAGGAAGCUCUAAACCAGUGUCUCUAAUCUUGAGGUCCAGCCACCUGGCUUGGCACUCUACCUUCCCCAGGCAAAGUCAUUUUAGGUCACUGCCUAGCAAAACCCAGGCUUGAAUGGCCUGUUGAGUAGAGGUUCUCAAAGGAGAAGUGAGUGGGAGGAGGUGUAGAUUUUACAGUGAUGGAGGUGUGUGACGGAAAGGGCAGGUCAAUGUCCUUUGAAAGGGUAUAUGCUUCAUUGCAAUUCAUGCUUGGAGUGUUCCUAAAACUAAUAUUUUAAUAAUGUAAAUUGCAAAGAAAGAAGAAUGACAAAACAGGCUGGUGGUGUUGCACUGAAGAUGCAAAACUUCUCUAUGGUGGGAUGGAUGGGAAGUGGAAUUAUUGGAAUCUACUGGAGACUAGAGAUUUUUAUAUGUAUCAAAAAAAGACAUGAAUUUUUACAAUAGUUGAGGAAUGUAGUGGGAUUUUGGGGUAAAGCCUUAGUUUAGUUUAUAUCCUUCUAUUGUUAUAGAUUCCUUUAGUUUAUAUCCUUCUAUUGUUCUAGAUUUGUAACCUAUGGGAACCCCAACUUCUGAGGUAGCCUAAGCCAUAGUUUUUCAAUCCAGAAAAAAGUCAGCUGUAACAUGUAAAAGUUUUUAAGCUGUAUCAAACUCUCUCUGAAAGAGUUUUUUUUUUUUAAUGCUACAAAAUUGCAAAUAGUAUAUGUGACAUUUAACUUUUAGAUUUUUUUUUUUUUGAGUAAUAAACUAGUACUUAUAACAGUCCCUGAACUAUGUGGAUAAAAUAUGGUUUACGUCAGUGAAUGUGUAUAUACAUAUACAAUACUACAAGGAAAGAUUUAUGAUAACUCACCGACUAGUGAAAGAUUGCUUCAGAAAACAUAAAUCUCCCAAGAUCGAACUAAUAGGCUUCCCCGAGGACUUCAAAAGAAUUUACAUUUGAAUUGGAUCUUGAAACUCUGCAUUUGAAUUUAUCACCCAUUCCUCAGGAAAGUUUAUAGUUAUAUAGAAGAUAGCAUUCUAAAAAUGAAAUUCAAUGACAACAAAUCAGUUUGGCCUUUUAAAAAUUAUUAUCAGAAUUAUGUUACUCUAGUGGACUGAUUCUUGCUCUAAAUUUAGCUUGUCCCCAUAGCAUCAAGAAUCUGACCUCAAAUGGAUUUCAUAAAUAAUCCCUUUUAAUAAAUACCAUGAUUCUUCUAAAUGUAAAAAGAAAUCUCACAUGGAAGACCCAACAAGGAAAAAGAUCUAAAACUAACACAAUUUAAAAACUGGUAAAAUUCUUCACCUUGGCUUCUUAAAUCUGUUUCCAUUGCCAACACAUAUAUAAAAAGGCAUAAAAGUUAUAAUUUCCAAGAACCUGCAGCCAAAUCAUCUCCAAAUGCUAAGAUAUAUAUGUCUUUACAGAUUCAUUGAUCCGUUUAGACUGCCACUCAUGAUUCAUCUGUUCUUUAAUUCCUAAGGAUGAAGUUAGUUACAAGAAAUAAUUACAGGAAUUUAUUUUUUUUAAUUAAGAGUUGACGGAGAAUAACAUUUAAAUACGCUAGAAUUUAGAUACAUUCUGCAACAGGUUUUCCUUAUCAGAAUUUAUAUCUGUAUAUCUAUCUAUAAGCUGAAAGCACGCCUUUUAGCCCCUGGCUCUGCCCCUUCCUUGCUGUGGGCCAUUCAUUGGACCUUUUUGAGCUGGAGUAUCCUCACAUCUAAAAAUGAGGAUAACAAUUGUAGUUACCUUAUAGGAUUGUUGAAAGACUUAACUAAGAUAAUAUGAGUAUGAAAACCAUGUUCCUGGCCCAUAAUACAGGCUCAAUGGAUAUUAUCAUGGUUAAUACUUACACAACUAAAUGAUUGUCAAAAUAUGAUCAAGGCCUUGAAAUAUGUCCCUUAAGCCCUAUUUUGGUCUUGUUCUCCUUUCCAGUUGCAUUUUACUUACUACACAGUGCAGCCAUCCAAUUUAUGCCUUAUUUAAAUCCUUGCCAUAAAAUAUUACAUAUUUUGUUUAGGGGCUUAAGAGGGUUACUUCUUCCAAUGGUUAAAAUUAUUCAACCUCCUCAUGAUGAGAGAAGAGUAAAGGAAACAAUGUCUGCUGAACAAACAUAUUGUUUAAUUUUUCUGCUAUUGUUUCAUCUACAGAAUGGGCAGAACUCACUCUGGAAGAGCUAGUGGGAAUAAUGCCAUUUGGGAAGCACACAACAUAGGCAGCACAGUGGAGCACAAGAAAGUCUGGAGCUGUUAGUUCCUGGGUCCUGAAGGAAUGAGAACUUUCACUGGAGUCUGGAUUCCACUGUAGACAAAAUCCUCUUUGUAUCGCCAAAUGACUCCCAUUUUCCUAAACUUACUCUAAGAAUAUCUUUUAACAGCAAUUUGAAUAAAUCGACUCACAUACCACUGUGAUUUGACGUCUGAUUUGCUACCGAAUCAACUGUGUUUGGCCAGCCUUUCUGUCCUCACAUUUUUCAUAGUGUUUAUUCUUAAGCUUAGAAACCAACCAAACUUUGAGUGGAAUAUCAGUAUUCAAGAGUAAAAUGUAUUAUUAGUUUUCUAAUUGUUCCACAAGAGAUUGAGUUUGUGUAGUUUACAUUUUUGCACUUUCUGUUUUACUUAUGAUAUUCUCAACGCAUGAAAUUUUGGCCUGUUCCCUCUCACUAUUCACAAACUUCCAAACGCUGGUAAAAAUGCCUCUGCGUGUCUUUAAUUCACAUAACAGAUUUGUGUUAUGUUAAAUGUUAGUGAAUAUAUAAACGGAAGAAUACAACGAUAAUUUUGUUAAAGAAUCAAAAAGUAUCAGGAUAUUCGUCUUAAGAUUGUCUUAUGGCAGUGACAAAUUGAAGUUCCCCACCAAAAUGUACGAAGUUUGGAUUUGGGCCAGACAGCUAAAAAAAAAACUGUUUCUUGAUCCAAAAAGGUUUUAAGUUGAAAAAAUAGUGCUUUUACUUAAAGUAAAUUUUAAACAAAGGUUUUUUUUCUUAAUUUACUCCAUUAAAAAAUGCAUACAUUUGGACAGAGUGAGACUCCGUCUCAAAAAAAAAAAAAAAAAAAAAAAAGGCGUACAUUUAUAGUCACAGAAUUAGUUUUCGUUUUGACCUUAAAAGUAUUUACUCUAAACUUACUUUACACAUACUAAAAAUGUAGUUUUUGAAAAAAGAAAGUGAACAUGUAGCUUUUCAGACAAGAGAAUGAUAUGUAAUGUUUUGCAUCAGCUCCGGGUCUUGUCCACCAAUCAGAGGUCCUUUAGAGCUGGUAGGGUCUAGAAUGAUCAUUAUUUUAUACCCUCAUUUUACAGAUAAAGAACCUGAGACCCGCUAGAGUAAGUGACUUGGUUAAGACAGGGAGCGCUCCAGAGACCAGGUCCAAGAUCCUCCCCCGUUUCACAAUUAUAAGGCGGCUGUCUAGAGGCCAUUCCCUUCCUUUGAUCCUCAUAAAGUUAAUUUCCAGUCUCUUGGAGAGGACUGGGCGAUCGCCUGGCUUAGAAGUUUUCCUCACUCCCCGAACCCCAUUUUCUCUUCCUUUUCUUCCGCUCGCCGUGUCCCCAGCGCCUACAGCUGGAAAUCAGCCGCCCGUGAGGCUGCGGGGCACAGAGGCGGCUGGCGGCUCCGCUGACCCCUUGCCGCCGGCCUGGAUGAGGCCUGGGCUCGGGAACCGCGUGAUGCAGCCCAAAGAACGCGCAGAACAGCACGUGUUCUCCCCGGUGCCCCGGGCUCCCGCGCCGCCGCCCAAUCGCCGCGGCCGCCUGACGCUCAGGCCGGGCCUGCCGGCCGCGGGGACUCAGGGCCCGGGGAAUUCGCGCCGCCGCCGCCCGCCAUGCGCUUCCGCUUCGGGGUGGUGGUGCCGCCCGCCGUGGCCGGCGCCCGGCCGGAGCUGCUGGUGGUGGGGUCGCGGCCCGAGCUGGGACGUUGGGAGCCGCGCGGGGCCGUACGCCUGAGGCCGGCAGGCACCGCGGUGGGCGCCGGGGCGCUGGCGCUGCAGGAGCCGGGCCUGUGGCUCGGGGAGGUGGAGCUGGCGGCCGAUAAGGCGGCGCAGGACGGGGCGGAGCCGGGCCGCGUGGACACGUUCUGGUACAAGUUCCUGAAGCGGGAGCCGGGAGGAGAGCUCUCCUGGGAAGGCAAUGGACCUCAUCAUGACCGUUGCUGUACUUACAAUGAAAACAACUUGGUGGAUGGUGUGUAUUGUCUCCCAAUAGGACACUGGAUUGAGGCCACUGGGCACACCAAUGAAAUGAAGCACACAACAGACUUCUAUUUUAAUAUUGCAGGCCACCAAGCCAUGCAUUAUUCAAGAAUUCUACCAAAUAUCUGGCUGGGUAGCUGCCCUCGUCAAGUGGAACAUGUAACCAUCAAACUGAAGCGUGAACUGGGGAUUACAGCUGUAAUGAAUUUCCAGACUGAAUGGGAUAUUGUACAGAAUUCCUCAGGCUGUAACCGCUACCCAGAGCCCAUGACUCCAGACACUAUGAUUAAACUAUAUAGGGAAGAAGGCUUGGCCUACAUCUGGAUGCCAACACCAGAUAUGAGCACCGAAGGUCGAGUGCAGAUGCUGCCCCAGGCAGUGUGCUUGCUGCAUGCGCUGCUGGAGAAGGGACACAUCGUGUAUGUGCACUGCAACGCUGGGGUGGGCCGCUCCACCGCAGCUGUCUGCGGCUGGUUCCAGUACGUGAUGGGCUGGAAUCUGAGGAAGGUGCAGUAUUUCCUCAUGGCCAAGAGGCCAGCUGUCUACAUUGAUGAAGAGGCUUUGGCCCGUGCACAAGAAGAUUUUUUCCAGAAAUUUGGGAAGGUUCGUUCUUCUGUGUGUAGUCUGUAGCUAGUCAGCCUGCUUCUGCCCCCUCCUGAUUUCCCUAAGGAGCCUGGGGUGAUGUUGGUAAAAUGACCUAGAAACAAGGAUUCUACCUAAACUGAAAGGACUGUGUGACUUCCCCCAAGCCAACCACUUUCAUCUGGGAUGACUUUCGAUUAUGCUUUGUUUUGGGGCUGUAUUUUUGAAAUACUCUACAAGAAAGCUGUGACUCACACAUGAGAAGAGGCACGAAGCAGUUAGGCUGUACAUAAGACAGAAGGGUAAUGAGUGCAGUUCCUGCUGCCUGCGGGCAGAUGAGGCCUUUGCUUUACAGCACUGCAUGUGUUGCACGAUGGAUCCAUGACAGCACUUUCCUGUUGCACUGAAACUCUUGGCCAUACAGAGGAAAAGAUAUGGAACUAUGUGGAUUUCAUCACUAGUGUGUGUGCGUGAGCUGGUCAGUUGCCAAAGGAAGAAAUAAGGUUAGAAGCCUGAACCGUUACAAAAGAAGAGCUCACUGUGGUCAAAAAAUGAUGGCUUUCAGGACUUCAUUUUUAUCCUGCCUCACAGUUGUUAAAGUCUAUUCCAAGACAUCACCUUCCUUCUCUACCCAACAACCCUGUGUAACAACCAAAGUAGAAUUAUCUCUCAUUUGUUGUUGUUGUUGUUGUUUUCCCUCAAAACUGCCAAACAAAGCAAAAAAUACCCUUGUUUUUUAUAGUUGUGAUAUCAAGAAGUUAAAUUGACCCUUAAUGGGCAUAGGUAGCUAGCCCAAGGUCUCAUGACCAGUCAAGGGCAAGCUAGAGUUAAUAGUCUAUUUGACUCAGUGCUGUUUUCAACACAACUUGUUUUCCCAGCACCAUGUAGUGCAUUCAGUUUUGUCUUUCUAAGGGUAUGGUCGAUAUGCCUGCAGGAGUUUCCGUAGCGAGACACAGAAUAGUGUUCUGAUCAGUUGCCAAAGAGUCUAGGAAAGUAGUUGUAUUUUGUGCAAGCUAAUUUAAAAACAUGAUGGGCUGUUUUAAGACCAGAGUGGGAGUUCAUGAGAGGACCUAUACUACCGAAAGAGCCCAAACGACCAAAUCCAUGGAUAAUUGCUUCACAGCCUCGGCCAUCCUGGCUCAGCCCUCAAUUUAGUAUAAUAUGCAGUUCCUGUGCCUCCAGACUAUGCAGCUCAUCACCCUAGGUUCUACAGAAAAUACAGAGAUGAACAACGUUGCCUUCAAAAGUAUGCUGCCUAGAAACAGACCUGCAUUCCACAACUGCAAUGCAGGGUUGGACCAUGAAUGAUAUGCUAGAAUAGAAAAAAGAGACGUGUUUUUUUCAAUUGAGAGCCUCUAUGUGCAAGGUGGUUUAUAAUCAUAUCCAGUUUAAUCUUCACAAUAUCCAAUGAAGAAGGUCUCAUUAUCUCCAUGAUAAAGAUGGGAAACUAAGGCUCAGAGGGGUUAAAUCAACUGUCUGUUGUCACACGAUGAAUAAAUAGAUGCAGUGAGAUACAAAGCUAGAUUUGAUUCAAAGCCCUUACUUUCUUAAUUAAACUAUGAUGUGCAUUUAUUUUUCUGCACCUUCCUUUCUUCCACAAACACAUAUUGAUAGAUGCAAGAGACUCUUAUUUAGAAGGUGUGGGGGACAAGAAGGAUACAAGGUAAGUUUCAGUGGAGCUCAGAGGACAGGGAGAUAUAAUUGUGGCACUUAGGGGAGAUGACAUUUGCUUUGGGCAGAGGCAGCCGGCCAGGACGCAUUUCCCGUAUAAUUUUACGAAGUUAAAUUUAUAAGCUAGCAUUAAGUAAAGUGAAGUCCAGCUCCCUUGCUAAAAAUAACUAGAGGUAAUAAUUGGUAUUCAAGUAACUCAUUUUCAGUCAUAAUGUGUCGUGAAAAUUUAAUCUUAAAAAUGGAAUUUUAAACUAUGUGUGCGUGUGAAUUUCUUUAAUGUCUAAUCUAGCUUCAUAAUUUCCAUGAUACAAAGAUCUUUUCUCAGGUGGAUUUUUCCCUUUGUUCCUUCUGCUCUGAUAGACAAAAUCAUUUUAGGACUCUUAAAGAAUGUUUUGGAAUAAAUCAUCCUUUCCUCAAUGAAUGGGAUGUCUAAUGUAUUUCAAAAUCACCCAAAACUUUUGGUAAAUAAAA